AUGAUUACCCGCUUCCUGACCGAGGUGAACACCAAGUUCAACCCCUUCAUGCGCACCGCGAAGACCGCCCGGAACUUUCUGGCCCUACUGCCCCCCAAUGCCCGAGCGGACGGGAUGAAGAUCAACGCAAAGAUGCUGCCGAGGUUCAGCAAGGAGCCGACAACCCUGGAGUUGAAGUUUAAGGACGGCAAAGAAAUGAAGCUCGACCUGGAAAAGCUGAAGAUCAGGGACGUCGAGGAGGAAGUAAACAGGCAUUCGCGCUUGCUCGCGAGACAGGAGGAGCUGUCGGGAUAG